AGGUGGUGCAGAUUGGAUAAACAGAAGGAACUCCUCAACAGCAGGGGGACAAGAUCUUGUCCAUAGAAAAGCACAAGUGUUGUUUGCUCCUGUGACUUGAGUUAGAAAACAGAGGAUCUAUAUAUCUGAACUGAACUGAGCUCGCCUGUCAGUCUCAUGUUUGACGUGAAAAUGGAAGAACAAAUAAGGAGCAAUUUGGGAUUCAUGCAGCGCUCACCCCGACUUCUCCUCGCUGUCUGAACUGCUCAUCAUCAUCACUCACAUUCAGACUGAUGAACACCCAGGAUCAGACAUCUUUAGUGGGGACAGGACUGCUGUCCAGGCUGACACACAUGAUGCACUUUGGGAGGAGCAGUGUUGGGCCUGCAGAGUCCAGCCUCAGCAGCCAGAGGACAGAGAACAACAUGAGGAGCAAGAGCAGUGAUGGUCAGUUAGCCCUGGCUGCACAAAACAUGAACAACUGCAACAACAAUGAUGGUAAAAAAGAUGCCAAGAAAGAGGAACCUAAAAAGGAUGAUAAGAAAGAUGACAAGAAAGAUGCUAAAAAGGAAGAACCAAAGAAGGUGUGGAUCAUGGACCCUGCCACAGAUAUGUACUAUUACUGGCUGGCCAUAAUAUCCAUCCCAGUGUUCUACAACCUUAUGUUCCUAGUGGCCAGGUCUUGCUUUAAUGACCUGCAGCAUACAGAUAUAAUGAUGUGGAUGGUUUUGGAUUACACUUCCGAUGUCCUCUACUACAUUGACACCUUUGUGAGAGCCAGGACAGGUUUUCUGGAGCAAGGUCUUCUUGUAAAGGAUGAGAAGGUCCUGAAAGAAAAGUACAUAAAGACACUCCAGUUCAAAUUAGACAUUAUAUCAAUUAUUCCCACAGAUUUAAUAUUUCUCAUAAUUGGAACUGACUACCCAGAGUGGAGAUUCAACCGUCUCUUUAAGUUAGCCCGUCUUUUUGAGUUCUUUGACCGGACUGAAACUCGAACAAAUUAUCCCAACAUCUUUCGAAUUGCUAAUCUUGUACUUUACAUUAUCAUCAUUAUCCACUGGAAUGCUUGCCUUUUCUUUGCCAUCUCCAAGAUGCUUGGCUUUGGCUCAGACACCUGGGUAUAUCCAGACAUAAAGAAACCUCAGUUUUCUCGCCUGGCCAGGCAGUACAUCUACUGCUUUUACUGGUCCACUCUUACCCUGACAACUAUCGGUGAGACACCACCCCCAGUCCGAGACAUUGAAUACUUUUUUGUGGUAGCUGACUUCCUCACUGGGGUUCUGAUCUUUGCUACGAUCGUAGGCAAUGUUGGGGCCAUGAUUUCCAACAUGAGUGCCGCACGUGUAGAGUUCCAGGCUAAGAUUGACUCAAUAAAGCAAUACAUGCAGUUUCGGAAGGUCACCAAAGACCUGGAGAUUAGGGUGGUGAAGUGGUUUGACUACCUGUGGACAGAGGAGAAAACCUGUGAUGAGAAGAAGGUACUGAAGAACCUGCCAGACAAGCUAAAGGCUGAGAUAGCCAUCAAUGUACAUCUGGAGACUCUAAGAAAAGUGCGCAUCUUUCAAGACUGUGAAGCAGGUUUGCUUGUUGAGUUGGUCCUUAAACUUCAGCCUCAAGUUUUCAGUCCUGGCGACUACAUCUGUAAGAAGGGGGACAUUGGAAGGGAAAUGUAUAUCAUCAAAGGAGGCAAGCUGGCUGUGGUAGCAGAUGAUGGGGUUACCCAGUUUGUGGUCCUAAGUGAUGGGGCAUACUUUGGAGAAAUUAGCAUCCUCGGUAUCAAGGGCAGUAAGGCAGGAAACCGAAGAACAGCCAACAUCCGAAGUGUGGGCUACUCUGAUCUGUUUGCACUGUCCAAAGAUGAUCUGAUGGAGGCACUCACUGAGUAUCCUGAUGCUAAAGGUAUGCUGGAGGAGAAGGGAAAGGCCAUCCUGAUGAAAGAUAAUCUCAUUGAUGAGGCACUGGUCAAUGCUACUGACGCCAAAGACUUGGAGGAAAAAGUCAACCGGAUUGAAGCCAGUUUGGAUGUCAUGAUGGUUAAAUUUCGAAAGCUGACAGGCCAGUAUGAAUCUUCCCAGCGUAAAAUGAAGCAACGGCUCAGUAAUAUGUCGAACCAGGUUCGAACACUCAGAGUAGACAAUGAGUAGAUCUUGGCUUUGCACUACUACUGCCAGUCUUUGGAAUGUUCAGGACAUACGUUCAAGGUCAUCUGUUCUGUAGGACUUUUUGUACACACCAAAUGGCUAAACAGUGACUGUCUCCAUUCAUUUUCUCCAUAUAUGGU